AUGAAAAAUAUGCUCAGAGAAAUUGGGAUUGAAUCACCGUUGCUGGAGACAUCAACUAAAGCAAGCAGUGGACAAGGGAUUGGGCAUGGUCAAGUGAAUGAUCGUUUCCACGCUGGCGACAUGGCGCCACAGACUCGACAGCCUCGGCCGAGUGCGACGCAGCGCUCGACUCUCCAUCAGGGACUGCCGGUCACAACCCAGAGACAGUCUCCUCCGCAGCCCAUCUCGGACCUGGGCGUGUCGUGGCCAAUGAACCAACAUCCAUAUCCAAGCUCGGGAAAUCCUCCAUCGAACCACGUCCAGCCCCCGUCUCAUCUCGCGCCGGGCCUCCCUCAAGGCCCGGUGGGCACAAUGCAGCAGCAAAAUGGAUUCACCGUUGAUCCGGGGCAGUUUGGCGCCUCGACUGCCAACGGCAACGGGCUCUCUGUGCACCCCUCUCAGAUUCCGACGACUCAGCAGGGUAUGGCUAACUGGGAGUUUGCUACACAAAACCCAGUUUCCGCCGCAUCUACAAAUGGCCAUACCCAGCAUCCCGAUAUAUACGACCUUGACCGCUUUUUUACUAGCCUGGGGGAGAAUAUUUAA